GUUCAAUCUGGUGCUUACUAGAAUCUUAGAUUUUCAUUAGAUCCAUUUGUUACUCAAGACAGAAAAUGAAUGUUCAGAAGGAAGAGGCAACACCUUUAAACCAGUCUUCAGCAAACAGAAACAAAUGCACACUUAAACUGCAAUGGUUCAAUAUUUCAUCUCUAAAACUAAGGGCUAGGGAUCAACUUAUACAAGAAAGAAAAUACCCUAAGCAUCCGUUCUUCCUCAAUUGUCCAUGGAACCUUCUUUCGCCUCAACUGUGGAAUUGCAGGGUAGGUACUGCAGAAGAACAUUUUAACACUUGAGAUUUCAUUGCUGAUGCGAUUAAUUGAAGACAUUCUUUUUGGACAAAAAAAAAAAAAAAAAAAAA